UUCUUGCGGUAACCAAAUUUGAAUUUUUCAUCAAUUUUUUCUUGUUUUUCUUAUAAUAAUUAAAUAAAUUCAACAAUGCUGAUUCAAACAAAUAUUAUUCGAUGUUUAAAAAAAGUUUGUACAAUCACAAAAAAUCGAUAUUACAGUUCAAAAGUGAUUGACAUACGAAAUAUUGGUAUUUUAGCUCACAUCGAUGCCGGUAAAACAACAACUACCGAACGAAUGUUAUUCUAUUCUGGUAAAACAAGAUCUCUUGGAGAAGUACAUCGUGGAAACACCGUCACCGAUUACUUAACCCAAGAACGAGAUCGAGGAAUAACAAUUUGUAGUUCCGCAGUAACAUUUCAAUGGAAUGAUGCAAAAAUAAACCUCCUUGAUACUCCUGGUCAUAUUGAUUUCACGAUGGAAGUAGAACAAUCAUUAUUUGCUGUAGAUGGGGUAAUAAUUGUUUUAGAUGGAACGGCUGGAGUUGAAGCUCAAACUCUGACUGUUUGGUCACAAGCUGAGAAACAUAAAUUACCAAAAAUGAUUUUCAUUAAUAAAAUGGAUCGUCCUGAUGCUAAUUUUGAUGCUUCUGUAAAAGAUAUUACAUCAAGAUUGGACAUUAGGCCAAUUUGUUUGCAAUAUCCCGAAAAAGAUUCCAAAGCUAAUUUGAGUAUCAUCGAUGUUGUCACUCUUAAUAGAAUAUCAUGGAAUCCAGAGACUUAUGGUCGUACAUUCCGAGUGGAACCUUUAAAAGAUAAAUCGCUAGAUGAAGCGGUAAAUUUUAGAAAUAAUUUAAUAGAUGACCUGUCUGGCAUUGAUGAUGAACUAGCUGAUACUGUGAUAAGUGCUGAGAGCUUUAAUACAGUUUCUAAUGAUUUAAUAUGGUCAGCUGUUCGACGUGCUACUUGCAGUCACAAGGCAGUGCCUGUGUUACUUGGAUCGGCAUAUAAGAACGUUGGUAUACAACCUUUGAUGGAUUCAGUUAUACGGUUUCUUCCAGCACCACAUGAGAGAAAUCAAUUGUAUGAUUGCUUUGGAAACGAUUUUGUUGGCAAAGUGUUCAAAAUAGUUCACGACAAACAACGUGGUCCAUUGACUCUAAUCCGUGUGUUACGUGGUUCUCUGAAAAAAGGAAUGCGUCUCAUUAAUACUAAAUCAUCAACAGAAUCUUUACAAAGAAUCUAUGAACCUUUAGCUGAUGAGUAUCGAGAAAUAAAUGAAGUUCCUUGUGGAGGUGUGGCUGUUUGUAGUGGACUGAAGAAUACAGUUACAGGAGAUUUACUAACAUCCAGUGCUUCCUCAAUAAAACAAGCUCAAAAAAAGCUACAAAAAAUACUUGGCAAAUCUGAUGUGGACGACGAAGAAGACAAUAUGGAAACUAUAAAUGAAGUUCUCUCCUUGGAUCCUCAAAUACCAGAUGCAGUAUAUUUCUGUUCGAUUGAACCACCUAGUAUUGGAUCUCAAACAGCUAUGGAAGCUGCUUUGAAGCAAUUGCAACGAGAAGACCCCAGUUUGAGAGUUAAUUUUGAUGAAACUACUGGACAGACAGUUUUGGGAGGAAUGGGCGAGCUACAUAUGGACAUUGUAAAGUCUCGAAUUCUUACUGAAUAUAAAAUCGAUGUUGACUUGGGUCCACUGCAAAUUGCUUAUAAAGAAACUAUUGAAUCGCCUGCAAUUGAUACUUUCACAUUAGAAAAAGAAAUCGCUGGAUCUAAACAAAGUGUCACAAUUACUUUGGAAUUAGUAAAUGACCAAAAAGAAAUCUUUAACUUGAGUAAAUCACAAGAAAAUAUGGCUAACCUAAACACUUUGCGACCGAAAACUCUGCAAGUUAUCAAAAAAGGCGCUAUAGCUGCUUUGGAGAGGGGACCUCGUGUUGGUGGUCAAGUUGUUGAAACUCAAGUUAGACUUCAUAAUGCAACUAUUGGUCGUGGAACAGCGGAUUCUUUUGUUAUGGCUGCAACUGGACAAUGUGUUCAAAAGAUUCUUAUUAAUUCUGGUACUCGUCUAUUGGAACCAAUAAUGGCGGUACAAAUAAUCGUUCCUUCAGAGAGAGUAUCAACUGUUCUUGCUGACUUAUCACGAAGAAGAGCUAAAAUUAAUGAUGUUCAACCAAAAGGGCAGCAGAAUAAGUUAAUUGAUGUUCAAGCACCAUUAGCAGAAUUAUCCGGAUACACAAGUGUGAUACGAACAAUUACUUCCGGAACUGCCAGCAUGACAAUGCAACCUUGUGGAUAUUCGAAUAUGAAUUCACAGGAUGAAGUUGUAGCUAUACGUAGAGCUCAAGGCUUAGAAUAAUUGUUAAUGUGCUAUAGUGCUAUUUUAAAUAAAAUGUUUAUUAUU